UUAAACAAGACUCUUAUUUUGAAGUUGUAGUGGAACUGAAGAAGAAGAAGAGUUUCCGAUGUCAGGCGCGCGAGCUGGCGUUUCGUUGCGAUAUGAAAGUUAACAGUCCCGCAUGCUGUCAUGGUGAGCCGUAUAACAAACUGCAGGCAUUACACAAGUCACCUGGAAUGGAUUUGCCCUUCAAAAACAUGUACGACACAUUCAAAGAUGAGAUUUGGAAAGAGCUUGGACCACUGGAUCCAGACUGGUUUGAUGUUCUGACAGCUCAAUCAUUCACUAAUGAGGGAAGUGUCUCUGACCAAGAUGACCUGUGUGCUAACCAAGAGGGGAUGUUUAAGACACCUUUUGACAAAACAGCAUCAGACAGUCAGUUGUUUUCAACCCCCAGAGUUUUCAGACACAAUCGAGUUGUGUCACCUCAAACUGAUGACGAGCAGUCGUUCACUAUUGAACAAGAAAAAGAAGCAUUGCCAUGGAUAGCAACACAAAGUCCUUGUUGGUUUCGGAUGUCAAAAGAUAGGGUCCCUGGUCAGGACAGCUUUGAUUUGCUUGAUACCCCUCAAAAGUCCCCAGUCAGCUAUGCCAAGCAUAUAUGUGAAAGUCUGGGUGCACAGAUCCAUCCUGAUGUAUCAUGGACUAGUUCUCUGAAUACCCCACCAGCAGUGCCUUCCACCCUGAUUUUAUCUAAAAAUGAUGACAGUCCCUGCCCAGUGAGUGUUUCUGCAGACAAAAAUGUUAUUUUCGUUCGGAAGCUUUUCCCUUCUCUUUCAAAUGCAUCUAGAGUUGGGGCACACAAAGACAAUGACAUGCCUACCCUUAACCAAGGUGGUGGUUCCCCUGAGGCUGGUCAGAAGUCAGAGCCCUGUGUCUCACCCCAGAGUUCACUGAAUGAGAGUGAUGGUGUUUGUAGACAGAAGCAUCCAGAUGCUAUUGAGGAUGGAGAAAUUCAAAGCACAGUACCAAGUGUUCUUGUUGGAGCUGAGAAUGUUCUCCCUAAAUUGCUCACCAAUAGUAGUUCAGCACUGAGAAAAGUCAAAACUGACAGAAUCAAGAGGAAACAAAUCAUCCUGACAAAAGAAGAUGGCUGCAGCUCUGUUCAAACCUCAAUAACGAGCAAUGCUGUGUCCAGUGAACAGAUAACAGAUGCUCAAGAACCUGUCAAACAUUCCUCAACCCCACCUGUGAAAACUGGAGAUAUUGAAAUGACCCAGUGGUCUCCAUUGAAUUUUUCUGAAAUUUCUCCCUAUACUGUGGAUAUUUCUUGUCAUGAUAGGAGUCCUGCUACACAAGUGGAAAACAGCACUGUAAUAGAACAACUGCAGAGUUACUCUGAUUCGGGUCAGCAAGUUAGACCACCUUUGACAAUUACAGGCUCUGGAUUUACUAAGAAAAAAAGAAAGUUUGUUUACACUGUUGAGACUUCAAAAACACAAGUUCAAGAAAAAGAAAUACAAUCUGAGAAGACAGACUCAUCACCAGCAGUUUCAGAUUUUGGAGUGAGUGUCAAGCAGUUGGGAAAAGCCCGAGAUGAAGCAGACUGUAGCAGUAUUGGGGAGAAUGAGAUGCAAAAAAUCACUGAGGACAAUGCGCCUCUUACUGUAGAGGCAAAGGUUCUGGAUCUUGACAUGUCACAGCUCUGCAGAGAUUUUGCCCAAGAUUUCAGUCAAAUGCCAGACAGCAGUAAACUGAGUAAAGUAGCAGAAGAUACUCCUCAAAUUGGCUUCUCACCAUCAGCUUGUCUGUCAGCCAUGAAACGAGCUAGGCAGAAAGCAAGGCCAGCAAACCUUGACCAGGACUGUGAUGGCGUCGAUAACAGAAGACAUGUUUCUACCAAUAAUCAAAAUUAUUCCCUUAAUGAGGGCACAGUAAGUGACAGUGGAUUCCAGUCAGGUGUUGCGGAUAUCACUCACCUGACCACCACAUCGUCGGUUCUCCCCAGUUUGGAGAACAGUGGUCAAAGUCAACAGUGGUCUGGGUUUGAAACUGAUAUCCACAGGAGUUAUUCUUUUCUAUCUUCAAAUAAAGGAAAUGGAAAAGCACAUUUGGAAAUUUUACAAGAAACUAAUGCCAAGUUGCCCUGUGCAGUCAAGGAAAAUCAGACUCUGGACCCUGGUGGUGUUGGUGAGUUGCACAUAGAAAGCACAUCAACUCAGCUACCCAACAGAACAAAAGGAACAGCUGAUAGCAUUAGUUACAUUCCACUCGGUGGUCAAGAAGCAACAACUUCUCUUUCAUCUGUCCAUGUUUCAGGAUUCAAAACAGCAUCAAAUAAGGAUAUAGGAAUUUCCUUAGCCAGCCUAGACAGAGCCAAGUGUCUCUUUGAGGAGGAUGAAACUAAAUGGACUUUUCAUCAUCAGCCCACCAAAACUGCUCAUGACACUAAUGUUAAAAUUAGCGUGGGUCAUGGAUCAGUGAAAAAUGCAAAUGGGGAUACUAGUUGCCAGUUAACUGCUUCACAAAAAGCUGAUGUGACAGAACUGUGCACUCUCUUGGAAGAAGCAGACAGUCAAUUUGAAUUUACACAGUUUAAAUCUGCAAAGUUAAAACAACAUUGUCAAGAUAAUGCCACCACUUUCCAAAGCUUUGACAAAGAACUUGACCCUGAUCUUCUUACGGGUAUAGAUUUUGAUGACAGCUUUAGUUCAGAUACUGAAAAGCACCUGACGACAACAACAACAACAACAACAGCUGUGAUGCCUGACAAAGCAAACUGUGAGACGUCAGAGGGCACAUGUAAAUCCACAUUGCCAAGUGCAAUGAAAAAAGAAAAUUCAUCUACUGAAGAUGCGUCUUUGUCUUCAAAGCACAUCUCUGAAGACAUUAGCAGUAUUACGUCAGCUGAACCCAAUAGUCUUGACACAGCUGGGUACAAUGCAACAAGCAAGCAGGAUAACAAAAAUCCUUUGGUGCUUGAUGUGGGAUUUAAAACUGCAGGAGGGAAUGUUUUGAAAGUUUCCAAAAAGUGCCUGAGCAGAGCUAGAGCUCUGUUUGCAGAUUUUGAGAAUUUGACAGAUCAGAGAUCACCAGACGAGCAAGGCAUUGAAAUGAAUGCUAAAGUCACACAGGGGCAGGUCAAAGGCAUUAGAGAUACAGAUGCUACCCAAGUGGACACAAUCGCAUGUCAGUGUGGGCUCGGAAUGGCCAGUGGGAAAGAGAUUUCUGUUUCAGCAAAAGCUAUACAGGAGGCAGAUGCUUUUGUCAAAGACUGUUCUGUUAUGAACAGUAACACUGAUAUGUCAGCAAGCCACAAAAAGUGUAUAGAGCCCUUGCCUGGAAGUGUCACUCAUAAGAAAUACCUUCCAAAAUUUAAAAAUGUUCAAGAAACCUUUUCUGAAGAACCCAUCAGUGAAUUUCAAAAUGUAAAUGCUGGACCAGCUGCAUGCCAUUCAAGCGUGCAAUGUAAUGUGGAAACUCUCAGUUUUGCUUUUAAGAAUACACAAGCUAUAACGAAUGCAGUUUCUUUCUAUGAAAACCCGUCUACAACUGUAAAAUGUUCUUCUCCCUCAUGGACAUCAUCAAAGAAUAUUGAUUUCUCUGCUGUCAAUGAAUCGAGCAGUGGAGGUGGAUUCUAUACAGCCAGUGGGAAGAAAGUAUCUGUGUCAGCAGAUGCAAUGAAGAAAGCAGAGUGCCUUCUGAGUGAAAUUCAUAGAUUUGAGGACACAAACAAACAGCUGAAACAGAAAGGAGAUGCUUUAAGCACAGGAAAUCUCAUCAAUCAAGUUCAGGUUGUAACACCUAAAAAUGGUGGAUUUCAGACAGCCAGUGGCAAAGGAGUUGUCAUUUCAUCAGCAGCGCUCAAGAAAGCAGAAUCAUUGUUGAGUGAAUGUGAUGCUGUUGAGGAUAAAACCGGUGUGAAACAGCCAUAUUCUAAGUUGCUGGUUCCUGGUCCUUCACCCAGAAAUAGUGGGUUUCUUGCAGCUAGUGGCAAGCCUAUGGCACUUUCAGCUGAGGCCCUACAGAAGGCAAAAGCUCUCUUCAGUGACAUCAGUUUCAGUGCAAAGAUCCCAGCUGUUUCAGACACAAGGAACUGUGACAAGAAACUAGAAAAUGCUGGGAAGAUGGACAAAGUACAUUGUGGUUUCAUGACUGCAGGGGGAGCAGCAGUUCAUGUGUCUCAGAAAAAUCUGUUGAAAGCAAAGAACCUUUUGAAAGAAUUUGAUGAUGGUUCUAUUUCAGCCAAAGCAAUACCAGUUGAAGAUGCUUUCUUCACACACUGUGACAAUAUGGACAGUAACAGUGGCACAUCACUAAAAUAUGAGAAGAGUGUAGCACCUUUGAGCCAAAGUGGCAGUGAGAAGAAAAGCCUUUCAAAGUUUGACCCAAGGGUGACAAACACUUCUGGAGAUUCUGGAAGUGGAUGUUCUGAGUUUGAUAAUGCAGUUGCAAGCUGUGGAAACAUGCAGCUUCAGGAUGAUGAGAUUCACGAAUGUGUUUUUAAGAACACACCGCAUUCUAUUAGUCCAGCUCCUUUACAUGGAAACUCAUCUUUUGUGGUGAAGACAUCCCCAUUGUGCACAGCAUCAAAGAACAUGGUUACCUCUGCUUUCAAUGAGUUGAGCAAUAAUGGUGGGUUCUGUACAGCCAGCGGGAAAAAGGUAUUUGUGUCAGAUGAUGCAAUGACAAAAGCAAAGUCUCUACUGAAUGAAAGUGCUGAAUUGGAGGACACAAACAAACUGAAACAAAAUGAAGACACUUUGCCACCACACAGCAGUGGAUUUCAGACAGCCAGUGGCAAACGAGUUGCUGUUUCAUAUGCAUCACUAAAGACAGCAAAAACUCUGUUAAGUGAGUGUGAAGGAGUUAAUGAAAACAUUGGUGUAAAACCAACACAUUCCAAGAUUCCUGUUCCCAGUUCACCUCCCAGGAAUAGUUCAAGCAGUCUCAAAUCUGUCGACCAGAGGGCAAACGUCUUCAAUGACAGUUUAAUUGCGGAAGUUCCAGAUAUUCCAGACACAAUGAAGAGCAAUGAACGUGAAGAUGCUCUAAAUAAUACAGAAGAAAUAUGUAGCGGUUUUACAACUGCAGGAGGAGCAAAAGUUAAUGUGUCACAGAAAAACCUUUUGAAAGCUAAAAAGCUUUUGAAAGAAUUUGCUGACGGAGACUGCCAUGAUUCAAAUGCAUACUCAUCAAGCUUACAUGAUGCCCAUAAGUCAGACCAAGCAAAAGUGAAAGAUGUGAGAAGAACUUCAGAUUCUAAUCUCACUACAGCCAGUUACAAAGACAUGCCUGUUAAUGAAGGUGUCCCUCGGGUAGUUAAGUCUUUUCUCUCUUUGCAAGAGGCUGACAAUGAAAAUGAAAUUCAAACUUCAGGUGUAAAUUGUUGCAUUUCUAUUCAAGACAAGGCAUCAAUAGAUGCACAUAAGUUUAAAAAGGGCAAAACAGACACUUCAGGGGUGGACAACAACCAUGACCUUGUGGGAGAGGAAAUGGCAACUGUGUUGGACUGUGACCUAAAUCAAACACACAGGGAUGAGAGACUUAAGUUCAAAAGGACAGAACAGUCUUCAGAUCUAGUAUUUCAGUCGCUAAACCUGAGUGGCUGUACUGAGACUCAACAGAUGUUUCUUGCCCAGGAAGCUUUUGACUGCACUAAAGCUUUGUUAGAAGAUGAAGGGCUAGCUGGCCAAAGUUUCUCAAUGCCUUUAGAAAAUGUGCCACCGGAAGAUAACCAAAAAUCUGGGAAUAGAUUUGUAAAGGAACAAAAAGGAAGUGGGAAAAGAUCAGUAGAGGAUGCAGAUGUGACUGGUCAGCCUCCCCUGAAAAGACGGUUACUGGAAGAAUUCGAUAGGACAGUUGAGGGUCCAAGAGGUUCAACACUCCAUCCGGAAAUAAGCAGUCCAGAUGGUGUAAUGAAAGACAGAAUUUUCAAGUACAGUGUCUCUCUUCAACCAAACAUCACAAGGCCACACGUAAAUGGGAAAAACUAUGUGGAAACCAGACUGCCAACACAACACUCAACGCCAGGAGACAGCAGAUCAGCACAUUCGAAGAUGCCAGUAUUUGUUUCUCCAUUCCACAAGAAUGUGAAGACAGAGACCCCCAAGAACACAGUUCUCAGAGACAACACAAGAACACAAUCUGCAUUUAUUCCUCCAUUCAAAAAACAAAGAACUAUUGUUCAGGAGAGUUAUUCUAAAAAACAGGAGGAGGAUAAACACCACCACGUACCCUCUAACAGCAACACUUACGUACCGCCCACUAAAAAAACACAAAGCAGUGCAGAUGUAGCUGGUAAUAAUAGCAAAUUAGACAUUCAGCCAGUAGCUUUGGGUCACCCUAAAAAUGAUAAUCCGACAAACAAUCAAAAUGUUCCUGUUGGCUGUGGAUCUGAGGUUUCUGUUGCAGAGCCAUCACAUGUGGAGAACACUUUGUCCAGAAGCCAAGAGAUGUUUCACAAUCUUGAGAACCUAGAACUGGCACGAGAUAUGCAGGAUAUGAGAAUCAGGAAAAAGAAGCGCCAAACCAUUCGUCCUUUGCCCGGCAGUUUGUUUCUAACCAAAACCUCAGGGGUUGUAAGGAUCUCAUUAAAAGCUGCAGUUGCUGAAAAGCCUCCUGCUAAAUACACCCAAAAACAGCUGUAUGCAUUUGGGGUGCUUCAGCAUGUGUCUGAGAUCACCAGCGAGACUGCAGAAUCCUUUCGCUUCAAUUUACAACAGUUCUUCAAACAGGAAGUAUUUAUGAACAGUGGUGGUGUUCAAGUUGCUGAUGGAGGAUGGCUGAUCUCCAGAAAUGAUGGAACUGCAGGGAAGGAAGAAUUCUAUAGAGCAUUAUGUGACACCCCAGGUGUGGAUCCUAAACUGAUCAGUGAGGAGUGGGUAUACAAUCAUUACAGAUGGAUUGUGUGGAAACAGGCCUCCAUAGAAAGAUCUUUUCCAGAACAAAUGGGCAGCCGCUGUCUCACCCCAGAGCAGGUUCUCCUACAACUUAAGUACAGAUAUGAUGUAGAGGUGGACCACAGCCGUAGGCCAGCACUGAGAAAGAUCAUGGAAAAGGACGACACAGCAGCCAAAACCCUGGUUCUCUGUGUUUGCGGGGUCGUCUCCAGGGGUCACUUCCCAAACAGACAGAGUCGUGGUGACACCAAGACUCUAGGGGGUGCUGAUGCCAGGGGUGAAAACCCAUUUGCAGUUGUUUGGCUGACAGAUGGAUGGUAUGCCAUUAAAGCCCAGUUAGAUGAACCUUUGACCGCCAUGCUUCACAAAGGUCAACUAGUUGUUGGUGGGAAGCUGAUCAUCCAUGGGGCUCAGCUGGUGGGAUCACAAGAUGCUUGCUCCCCUCUUGAGGCACCUGAAUCACUCAUGUUAAAGAUUUGUGCCAAUAGCAGCAGACCUGCACGAUGGGAUACUAAGCUCGGAUUUCACAGAGAUCCCCGGCCAUUUUUUUUGUACAGCAAUGGUGGGCCAGUAGGAUGUGUGGACAUUAUUAUACUCAGAAGCUACCCCAUACAGUGGAUGGAGAGGAAACCAGAUAGAGGCGUUGUGUUCCGUUCUGUUCGUGCAGAAGAGAAGGAGGAGAGACGAUACAGCAGCCUCAAACAGAAAGCCAAUGAGAUCCUUUUUGCCAAGAUUCAAGCUGAAUUUGAACAGAAGGAGAAAAGCAGUAACAGACCCCAACGCAGAAGACGGACAAUAAGUCAUCAGGAUAUUGCGAGUCUGCAAGAUGGAGAGGAGCUGUAUGAAGCAGUGGGGGAUGACCCAACUUACUUUGAGGCUCAUUUGAGUGAACAACAAUUGGAGACUCUACAUACCUACAGGCGCGCUCUGAUGGAGAAGAAGCAGUCUGAACUGCAGGAUCAGUACCGUCGUGCUCUAGAAGCAGAGGACAAUGAAGGCAGUUUUCCAAAAAGAGAUGUUACCCCUGUGUGGAGACUCUGCAUUGCUGACUCUAUGGAACAAUCUGGCCGUGUUUACCAGUUGAAUCUUUGGCGGCCUUCCUCAGAUCUUCAGACUUUACUGAAAGAAGGUUGUCGAUACAAAGUCUAUAACCUCACCACUUCAGAUGGAAAGAAACACAGUGGUGUUGAAAAUGUUCAGCUUACUGGAACAAAAAAAACACAGUUUCAGGACCUACAGGUUUCCCAGGAAUGGUUGUCUUUGCGUUUUCAGCCAAGGAUCUCAGCAGAUUUUGAGGAUCUUCAAAACCCAGAAUUCCAGUCACUGUGUGGAGAGGUUGAUCUCACAGGAUAUGUCAUCAGUAUUGUAGAUGGACAGGGUUCCUCUCCUGCAUUUUAUUUGGCCGACGGGAAGCUGAACUUUAUCAAAGUGCGCUGUUUCAGCAGUUUGUCUCAGUCUGGCCUGGAAGAUGUUGUAAAACCACGUGUGCUGUUGGCUCUGAGCAACCUGCAGCUGAGAGGUCAAUCGACAUCUCCCACGCCUGUUGUGUAUGCUGGAGAUCUGACCGUCUUUUCUACAAACUCCAAGGAAGGUCAUCUACAGGAAUCACUCAGCCAACUCAGGAACAUUGUCCAGGGCCAGGACAACUUUUAUCGAACUGCUGAGGAGAAACUUUCACAUUUAGUCAAUUCUAAUGGCCCGAGCUCCAUCUCCUCUCCAGCUCUGCAGCCACGAACCUCAGUUUAUACAGCAGAAAGACGACAAAACACAAGGACAAGUGGUGUAUCUCAGCAGUCAGUAAGAAGCCUGGGGUCCUUCACACCAGUCAGUAGAAACCCUCCUGCAGGAACCUCCCCAACAGAGAAGGAGCCCAGAAGCCUGAAGAGGAAGAGAGCUCUGGACUACUUGUCUCGUAUCCCGUCUCCACCAGCUCUCUCCCAUCUGGGCUCACUGGCUUCACCAUGUGUAAAUAAGAUGUUCAACCCUCCUCGGAGGUCUGGGACAGAUAGCACUGUACAGACUAGAGUUCAUAAACCUGUCGGUUCACCAGUGGAGGAUGAGUGGGUGAAUGAUGAAGAACUAGCAAUGAUUGAUACUCAGGCAUUGUGUAAUGGUGAUGUACUGUAGAUACAUAAGACUGUGAUGAUCAGCAUGCUAUAACUUUAAAAAAAAUGCACAAAUGAGUGAAUGUAAAGAGGUGUUGAUUCUGUUGUUUUUGUGUUCUCACUGGAUUUAUUAAAAUGGUGAAAGCACCUCACACCAGUAAAAUCAUGUCAUUACACUAAUUUACCAUCUCACCUUCCAUUUUUAAAAUUAAGUUAAACACACUUUUGGAAUGGCAGUCUUGCUCCUGAGUUUCUUAUUUGUGCUAUGUUUGAGAACAUGUAACCUGUGUAGUUUGCAACAUAUUACACACACAGUAGGCAAAUAUGUUUUCUUGGCAUUAUUUGUAAUGCAUCCCCACUUUAC